UGCAAAAAGUACACGACCUGAAUUUUGUUUGUUAUUUUAGAGACAGCGUCUGUGAUUAUAAAAAUACCACCACAAUCGGAUUAGAUCAUCUCUAACGGAUCUAGAAGAACAUAGUAUAAUAUAAAAGAUAGUAAUUACAAAUGGCUAGUAGUGUAUUUCCACCUGAUGACAUUCAAUUGAUAGUGAGUAAGAUAGCAACCAUAUUAAGAGCCAGGAAUGAAACUCUAUCUAUAUCAGAAGCUGCUUGUGGGGGAUUAAUAUCAGCCUAUAUUGUAUCAAUACCAGGAGCAUCAAAUUUUUAUAUUGGAGGUAAAUUAGUAUAUUCAUUAAAGCAAAGAUUGAAAUUAUCAGGGUGGACUGAUGAAGAAAUUAGAAAUUAUAUGGGACCUUCAAAACAAGUUGCUUUAAAAUUAGCUAGAACUACAAAAUAUGAAUUAGGGUCAACAUAUGUAUUAUCCGAAACUGGAUUUGCCGGUCCAUCACAAGAUCUACAUUUAAUUGAUGAAGAUGAAAGUAAUGGAGGUAAAAGUGAUGAAAAAAAUGAACAAGUAGGUACCGUUUAUAUAGGAUUUAGUGGUCCAAAUACUGAAGUUUCUCAAUCAAGUCAAACUGGUAGUCAUGAUAGAUCUGAAAAUAUGACAAAAUUUGCCAAGAUUGGUUUACAGUUCUUAUUAGAACAAUUAGAGAAGAUUAAUGAUUCAUGAUGUUUAAAAAAAGAUUGAUAUGUGUAUAUAGAAAAAAAAAAUGUUUGUAGUGGUAAUAUAUAUUUACUUGCUU